UGGUCUCGCGAGAUCUCUCGUAAACUUACAGAGCCGGAAGGAACUUAUCAGUCUUUUCCCUUUUGCGGCCAUCGCUGAAGCGGCAGCGGCCAAAAUGAAGUUCAAUCCCUUUGUGACUUCUGACCGGAGCAAAAACCGCAAAAGACAUUUCAAUGCACCUUCGCACAUUCGCAGGAAGAUUAUGUCUUCUCCUCUUUCCAAGGAACUGAGACAGAAAUACAAUGUUCGGUCCAUGCCCAUCCGAAAGGAUGAUGAAGUUCAGGUUGUACGAGGACACUACAAAGGUCAGCAAAUUGGCAAAGUUGUCCAGGUUUACAGGAAGAAAUAUGUCAUCUACAUUGAACGGGUGCAACGAGAUAAAGCUAAUGGCACAACUGUCCAUGUGGGCAUUCACCCCAGCAAGGUGGUUAUCACUAGGCUAAAACUGGACAAAGACCGCAAAAAAAUCCUUGAACGUAAAGCCAAAUCUCGCCAAGUGGGAAAGGAAAAGGGCAAAUAUAAGGAAGAAACAAUUGAGAAGAUGCAGGAGUGAAAUAAUCUUAUAUACAGUUUCCAUUAAAAACUGCAAAAACGAAGCGCCU